GUCACCAAUAUGGUACUUGCAAGUUGAACGUGUACUUACUUUAACAUGCACACUCCAUUAUCUUUAUUCCUCCUAACGCUAUCGCUAUUCUCCCUACCUACAUCCAAAGCCAAUGCACCAACCGAGUUGCGGUUAAUGCACCGUGUCGUGCACCCCAACCUUCCUGUGACACCGUGGGCUGAGCUCGGAACUAUCACCCUCCCACCAUUCGAAUCCAUUCAACCCAUUGGCUCACAUGUCUCAUUUUCACUAGGAGAAUCAUUGCACGACGACCUUGCUGAGUUCGCAGAAGCAGUGAAUCCUAACAUGCAAGGCGCGAUGUACCACGUCACGAUCGACUCGGAUGGGCCAGUGUCAAGUACCAAAGCAUGUCUACUCCCUUCCGCGACAUCUGCAAAUAUAGUCAUACAUUUGUCUGUGAGAGGAGAACCGUUUGCGAUCGAUUAUGCCGUGUCGCCUGUACCUCGAGAUGGAAUAUGCCCUACGACGAGCACGGCGAACUACCCGGCACACAAUACGAGUGUGGUGCUCAAGUCACCUCGGAUGCCACCUCUACCUGAGCUGCGCGUCCCACCUCCGCUCACGCCUGAGGGCGAGCCAGUAGUACCUGUUCCUGAGAAAAGUUUCGUGCAGAAGUAUUGGAUAUACUUGGUUGUUGUUCUUGGGGCAUUGCGUGAGUUUCAUUGUUUUCUUUCGUGUUUCUCUUUCCUGCGGCGUGACGUCGAAGCACUCAGUUCUCUUACGAGGCUUAAACCAUUCCUCUUCUUGUACUCUUUCCUUUGUUGUGAAAUAUAUGCUGACGUAUUACUCGCUCAGUGAUUUCUGGGCCUGCAGAGGAC